AUGGCAAGCAUUAACCCCUUAAGGACUGAGCAAGGGGGCGGGGCUUGCUACCCGACACGAGCGGAGGCCAUUUUCCACAGCUCCCAAGCCCUGCGGAUAAAAUCCAUUAAAAUCAGCCUUCCUCUGACCCAUCCUACCUCGCCACACGCACUAUCGGCAUCAGCACAACGAGCCACGUCUCCCGAUGCCUUUUUUCCAACCGCAGCGGCAGCAGAAACGGAGACGCAAAAUCGGGGCCUACUACACCCCAACGAGCCUAGGCCUCGAGGACCUGUUGCGUGGAUACCCGGCCGAGCACACAGACACCUCCUGCACCCCGGACCCAUCCACAGCUCUGACUCAUAUGCCGGCAAUGGGACGCAGAUCACAAAGGCCACAAGGUACUGCUGGGGGCAGGGAUAUUGGGACUAUGCUCCAAAAGCCUACCCAGCCCAAACCCAAAACAGCGGCAGAAACGCUGGAGGCUACCCAGGCACCUACCACACCCCAACAAUGGCAAGAACCGCCGGAGCCCCCACAGACCCCCAAAACAGGAGCACAGGGGCCAGAACUUACUGGGCAGCACCAAAAUCAGCAGCCGCAUACCCGGGCUCCACAAGGCCCUGA